UCCUUCCUUCCUCCUGAUGAUGAUGAAGAUUUCGAUCGCCGCUCUCACUGUACGGUGCAGGAAUUCCGGGUGAAGUGUGCGCCUUCCUCCUUCCCCUGAAGAAGAAUCUUUCCUGGAGCGAGCAACGCGCGAGAUUGCAAAGGAACUUUUUGUGUUUGGUUUGGUUUGGUUUCGGUGGUCGCUAGCUACCAAGAGCUGAAAGUUUGAAUUUUGGAGACUCGGAGCGGAGACCCACAUACACACCGUGGGGAUAUCAGUAAAUCAUCUGGAGUUGUUGGAGGUUCAUCUUUGCCGAAUAGCUCGUUCGCCGGUGUUCUUCGCGGCUGACCGUUCUACCCUCGAUCGGGGAUGUUGAAUUAAGAUAUCUUGAUUCCCGGCUGGUAGCCCGCGAAUUGAAGUUGGAUAGUUUUUGCACUGGUUCACUUUCGUGCCAUCUCCUGCGGUUGAGGGGUAGUUGGUUUCCUUCGACGCUCGCGAGCUUCUAAUGGCUGCGAGGGAGAGGUGGAUUGAUGGCCUCCAGUAUUCUUCGCUAUUCUGGCCUCCUCCACAGGACAUACUGCAAAAGAAGGCUCAGGUUAAUGCUUAUGUUGAGCUAUUUGGUCAGUUCACGUCGGAACAAUUUCCAGAUGAUAUUGCUGAGCUUAUCCGAAGCCGUUAUCCAUCGAAAGAAAAGUGCCUGUUCGACGAUGUGUUGGCCACAUUUGUUCUUCACCAUCCAGAACAUGGUCACGCUGUUGUUCUUCCGAUAAUCUCCUGCAUUAUUGAUGGUACACUGGUGUAUGAUAGGGAUGAGCCUCCAUUUGCAUCUUUCAUUUCUUUGGUUUGUCCAAGCAGUGAGAAGGAGUACUCUGAGCAGUGGGCUCUGGCAUGUGGGGAGAUUUUGAGAAUGUUGACCCUCUACAAUCGUCCGAUAUAUAAGACGGAACAUCAGAAUGGUGAACCAGACAGAAGCAAUAGCUGCAGCAGUGCCUCAACGAGCAAAUCUACAGAGGGAGACUCUGUUCCUAUGGUUCAGCAGGAAAGGAGACCUAUAAGGCCUCUAUCUCCAUGGAUUACUGAUAUAUUGCUUGCCGCUCCUCUUGGAAUCAGAAGUGACUACUUCCGAUGGUGUGGUGGUGUUAUGGGAAAGUAUGCAGCCGGAGAACUUAAGCCUCCUAUAACUUCUACUUCUCGAGGAUCUGGAAAGCACCCUCAACUCAUGCCAUCGACCCCAAGGUGGGCAGUUGCAAAUGGUGCAGGUGUGAUAUUGAGCGUUUGUGAUGAGGAAGUUGCUCGCUACGAAACUGCUACUUUAACAGCAGUUGCAGUACCUGCACUAUUACUCCCUCCUCCCACUACAGCUCUAGAUGAGCAUCUAGUUGCUGGCUUACCGGCCCUUGAGCCAUAUGCACGUUUAUUUCAUAGAUAUUAUGCAAUUGCUACGCCAAGUGCUACACAAAGACUUCUUCUGGGACUUCUGGAGGCACCUCCAUCAUGGGCACCUGAUGCACUUGAUGCUGCUGUCCAACUUGUGGAACUUCUUCGUGCAGCCGAGGAGUACGCAUCUGGAAUGAGGCUUCCUAGGAACUGGAUGCAUUUGCAUUUCCUGCGUGCAAUUGGAACUGCGAUGUCCAUGAGAGCAGGUGUAGCUGCUGAUGCUGCUGCUGCUCUUCUGUUUCGCGUACUUUCCCAGCCUGCAUUGCUUUUCCCUCCAUUGAGGCAAGUUGAAGGGAUUGAAGUCCAGCAUGAACCUUUGGGUGGUUAUGUCUCAUCCUAUAAGAAGCAGAUAGAAGUGCCUGCUGCUGAAGCAACCAUAGAAGCUACUGCCCAAGGGAUUGCGUCAAUGCUCUGUGCGCAUGGCCCUGAAGUUGAAUGGAGAAUCUGCACCAUUUGGGAAGCAGCUUAUGGCUUGAUCCCUCUAAGCUCUUCAGCAGUCGAUCUUCCAGAAAUCGUAGUGGCAACGCCAUUGCAACCUCCCAUACUGUCAUGGAACCUCUACAUACCUCUCCUUAAGGUCCUGGAAUAUCUCCCUAGAGGAAGUCCUUCAGAAGCAUGUCUCAUGAAGAUAUUUGUUGCUACAGUGGAAGCUAUUCUUCAGAGAACUUUUCCGCCUAACGCAUACCAAGAGGAAACUGUACGGACACGACAUCUUUCUUCCUUAGGGUCAGCGUCCAAAAAUUUGGCUGUUGCUGAGCUUCGUACUAUGGUUCACUCACUCUUUUUAGAAUCCUGUGCCUCGGUAGAACUAGCUUCUCGCCUUCUUUUUGUAGUAUUGACUGUAUGUGUUAGUUAUGAAGCUCAAUCCAGUGGGAGCAAGAGACCGACCGGUGAGGCUUUCAGUGUACGGAAUGAAAGCUCUGAGGAUUCUCAAGUCUCAUUAGAAAAUAGAAGAGAAACGAAAGUUAGAAAGAUGAAAAAACAAGGGCCUGUAGCAGCAUUUGAUUCUUAUGUUUUGGCUGCUGUAUGUGCUCUUGCCUGUGAGCUGCAGCUGUUUCCCUUAAUCUCAAGGGGGGGUAAUCACUCAAACAAAAAGAAUAUGGAUGGUCUAGUCAAGCCUGCUAAGAUAAAUGGAUCUACUAUUGAACUUCAGAAUAGUUUCGACUCAGCUAUUCACCAUACACACAGAAUAUUAGCAAUUUUGGAGGCACUUUUUUCCCUUAAACCAUCGUCAGUUGGAACAUCAUGGAGUUACAGUUCAAAUGAAAUUGUUGCUGCAGCUAUGGUUGCUGCUCAUGUCUCUGAACUGUUCAGGCGUUCAAAGGCUUGCAUGCACGCUCUCUCUGUCUUAAUGCGAUGCAAGUGGGACAGUGAAAUUCACAGCAGGGCUUCGUCUCUCUACAACCUCAUUGAUAUCCAUGGUAAAGCUGUCGCAUCCAUUGUUAACAAGGCUGAGCCUCUUGAGGCGCAUUUACUGCACGCCCCUGUUUGGAAGGAUUCUUUUCUGUAUUUGGACAGAAAGACAAACAACUAUGCAAAUGCAAGUAAUAGCUGCUUUGAACUGGGGCAAUCAUCCGUCCCUAUGCAUGGAGAAUCAGUCAAAGUAAAGAGUUCAGUGAAUUGUGGAAAAGCAUUGGAUUCUAGCGAUAUUUCUGCAGGUCCUCUGGGUAAAAGCAUUGCCAGUUUCCCUUUGGAUGCUUCUGAUUUGGCCAAUUUCCUCACAAAGGACAGGCAUAUAGGACUUAAUUGCAGUGCCCAAGUUCUUUUAAGAUCAAUCAUUGCAGAAAAACCGGAGUUAUGUUUUGCUGUUGUUUCACUACUGUGGCAUAAAUUGAUUGCUGCUCCUGAAACGCAACCAAGUGCAGAAAGCACAUCUGCUCAGCAAGGAUGGAGACAGGUAGUUGAUGCUAUGUGCAACGUCGUAUCAGCAUCACCAACAAAAGCAGCUGCAGCCGUUGUUCUUCAGGCCGAGAGGGAAUUGCAACCAUGGAUCGCUAAAGAUGAUGAUCAAGGUCAGAAGAUGUGGAGAAUCAACCAGCGUGUCAUUAAACUGAUAGUUGAGCUAAUGAGAAACCACGAGAGACCAGAAUCAUUGAUGAUCCUCGCAAGUGCUUCAGAUUUGCUUCUUCGUGCCACAGAUGGUAUGCUUGUAGAUGGAGAAGCUUGUACUUUACCACAACUUGAGUUACUUGAGGUGACGGCUAGAGCAGUACGACUGGUUCUGGAAUGGGGCGAAUCUGGGUUGGUUGUUGCAGAUGGCCUUUCCAAUCUUCUAAAGUGCCGUCUACCAGCUACCGUCACAUGCCUUUCUCAUCCAAGUGCACAUGUUCGUGCUUUGAGCACGUCCGUUCUUCGUGAUAUCAUGCAGACUGGUUCAGUUGAUUCUAGACAAAAUUUAAGAGAGAGAAAUGGGAUUCGCGGUCCUUACCAGUACUUUAAUUUGGGCGACAUCGAGUGGCAAGCAGAUAUCGAGAAAUGUCUAAAAUGGGAAGCUCAUAGCCGACUUGAAAGUGGAAUGUCUAUCCAGUUUCUUAACACCGCAGCUAAGGAAUUAGGCUGUACAAUAUCCCUAUGACACAACUAGCAUUUUUUUUAAUAUUAGGAGAAAAGUGCUUAUAAAGCCCAUCUUACUUUCGGUUGUUAUGUUUUUCACUAGCCCAGACUAGCUAAUCAUAGGAGUCAUUAUUUGGGUUGAAGAUCUGGGACAGAGCAGCAUCAGUCUGUUGUGAGUUGUAACCUCAAACGUCUCAUGACGAUCGUCCUUCGAGCAAGGAUGUGUACAGUGAGAAAGUCAAUGACCAUAAUGAGGUUGAUUGUUUAACCGUCAGUUGGGUUUUUCAUAUUUAGUAUUGCUUAA